CACACGCGCCGGGAAACACACACGAAAUCCAGUCGUAAAUACCUACUCAAAAAAUAUAUUUUAAUUUUUUUUAGUAUUACGUUCUUUCAACAAGUUCGAUUUGCUCGUUACACAGAUUUCGAUCACUGUGAACCAAGGGUAUGGAUACCGAAGACGAAGAAGACAAUAAAUCACGUCACGGGCGUAUGGAAUUCAAAACGGACCACAAACAAAUUCAAGGAACCGAAUAAAUCCGAUCUCAUUAAACGACUAUGACAAUCACUCGGGUCCAAUGGGUGUGUUGCGGUAUCAUGUUGUUGGCGUCCCUGUGUUUGGCUGGCCGGCAAUACGGGACCCGGAAAAUAAGACACGACCACAAGGGCCAGGACGAAGGGACUCAACCGGACAUCGAUUUUGAGUUCGAGACGACCAAAGGGUUUCAGUUUGAAAAUGAUGGCGAUUACGACGACCCGUCCGAAGAAGGGAUCACGUUGGACGUUGUUCACAGUUUGUUCGAUACUAGAAAAGGCAUUGUUCCCAAUAUAAUUUACCAAGUGAGGAUGAACUGCACGACAGCCGCCUCGACGCUGUACAAUUAUACGAUCACCGUGAACGGAAAACUGCUCGCUCGUGGUGGUCAACCGGCCGCCGAAGGUGGCUGCAAUCAACUGGAAUUUAACUGGUCGGCGACAACGGCCGACCAACAAUUGCACAAAUAUAUGACGUUUAGGUUAGAAUAUAGUACGUUAGGAGCACCGGAUACCAACCAGUUCAAAAAGAGAAUACAAAUACUAAGAGACUGUGAGCUGUUCCUGUUGGCCACCGAGUUGGGUCGGCUGUCGUCCAGAGAUCUGCCGCUGGUCCGUGGACAACAGCAACUGCAGUGCGUGGUCAGGUUCGCGCAGCGACAUCGCUCCCGGUUGGUGGUCGACGUCGUCAAGCUGAACGUGCCGUGCAAACGUGGCCGACUUCAGGUGUCCGGCCACCAGCCGGUGUGCGGCAAACUGGAGGACCUACGCGAGCCCGAUCGGCAUUACGUGCUGGACGCGGGUCGUUCGCCACCRCCGUCCGUCACAUCAACGGUAGGCCGAUACUCGUUCUCUAUCGUAUACCGGUUGGCCGCCAGCUGUUUCGACAACGAUGUGGCCCAGCAGAACGGCACAGUCGUGUUCACACCCGGUUCCGAAUGUCGGUACAAGGUCACUCAACCGUACGGUUACCGSUUGCGGUUGCUCAUCAGUUCUGUGCCAUUCGGUAAUCAGGCCGGAGACGCUGAUGUGGCCGCCACCGCUGACUACGACCACGUGGCCACCACCGCCAAACCAAUGACGAUCGACACACUUCCGAUUCACCAAUCGACCAACACGUGCCCGGGGACUUUGUUCCGGCUCACCGACGGCGCCAUCGGGUGGUUUUAUUGUGCGCCGGCUGAUGGUCCUAGACGACAGAUGUCCAUGGUGUCUGAGACAAACGUAGUGUUAAUGGAGUCGUCGUCGGCGUCAACGCGCGUGCCAACGCUGGUGGUGGCGUACCGGGCUGAACCAAUACCGGAAGUAGUAUCCCAGUGCCCGUACGGUUCCGUAUCACUCAAAUCUGGACGGUGUCUGACCAUCGUCAACGAAUUGCUCAACUGGGAAGACGCCGAAGAAUAUUGUUCGCAAAAUGGCGCUGGUGGUCAUUUGGCCAGCAUCGACAGUCAUCGCACGCAAAUGCUCAUCGACACGAUAUUGAUUAAUAGUCCCAGCUACAGUGACAACGCUCCGUAUUGGAUUGGAGCUACGGACAUGAAUAACGAAGGAUUUUUCAAAUGGACAGACUCAUCGCCGUUUACUUAUUCAAACUGGUAUCAAGGACACAUACAUCAACCGUACAGUGGGCCGAAUUCAAAACAGCCUAACGACGACGGACUUAGUAGACAGGACUGUGUCGAACUCAGACAAGUGUACAGGCCCCAAAACCGAUUGCUCAAGUACUUUAAUCGAAAUUCGUCUUAUACUUGGAACGACCGCGACUGCUCUGUGAAAAAUCGAUUUCUAUGCCAAACGCAACAGCACACCUCUUUAAACGAUUAUGAUCCGGAAGAAUCGAAUUGUAAUGUAACGAUGAAAUUAACCAGCGAAAUGAGGUUUGCCUCGGUYUCRAGUCCAGGUUUUCCACAACCUUAUCCUGACAACCAAGAUUGCACUUUCAGUGUAGAAGUACCUCGAGGUUAUCAGAUCGAAGUUGAAUUUGAAGAACUCAUGUUGGAAAACGAAUCAACUUGCAGUUAUGAUUACGUAGAAUUAAUUCCUGGUGACGACGACGAGGGCCCUAAACACUGUGGAGACAAGAGUGACAUACUCAAAUUAACUAGGUUCGUCACCAAGAAGACCAAAUUGAGAAUACAUUUUGUAUCCGACUAUUCUCACUCGUUCAGCGGCUUCAAGGCUCGCGUAUCCGCCGAACAYGUUAACAACGAGUGUGACGACGCGAGACAGCAAAUGUUCAAUGGAUCGUGUUAUUUGUUUGCUAGUUACCCUGAAGUGUCUUGGCACACUGCUAGAAGUAUCUGCAAUGGAAUUAAAGCGGAAUUAACGAGCAUCCAUAAUGCUGAGGAAGAACAGUUCGUCGAAUCUUUUAUCCGGGAGUCGACUGACAGUAGAUCCGCAAUUUAUUGGUUGGGCGGAACAUGGAAUGACAAAUCCUGGUACUGGGUGGAUAACUCGACAGAAACAUUUUCAGCUUGGUUGGCGACUGACGCAGCGAACGCAUUACCUUACAAGGAUAUCUGUCUCGCAAUUAGUUGGCUAUCGUCACCACCCGUAAAUCUACCAAGGGGCCUUUACUGGACUGCCAACGACUGCAACACGGUUGGAGGGUAUAUAUGUAAAAAAAAUCAAACAAAAUUAUCGGAUCAUUACAAUUUAAACACCACAGUGACAGGCGUAAAAGGGAUAAUAACGUCGUUAAAUUAUCCKGCAAACUAUUAUCACAACUUGGACUAUUGGAUACACGUAGUCGGCGCGCACCAGUCACGCAUCGUUUUCCAGUUUGAUUCCAUAAACAUCGAGCCACAAGCUGAUUGUCUUUACGAUUUCGUCGCCGUGGUGGAACCAAAAGAACGUGAAAACCGAACAAUGACGGUCUGCGGUUACCGCGGAAAUCAUCUGGAAGAUUACAUCUUUGUUACCGAUUUGAAUGAAGCGUUCGUGCACUUCCAUUCGGACUACUCCGUGUCUAGUUCGGGAUUUCAUCUCCAGUGGAACACAGUCGACAUGUCCGGUUGUCCGUCACAAACACUGUCCGCUCUCGAAGGCCAAGUUCUCAGUCCAAACUAUCCGAACUUUAUACUUCCAAACCUCAACUGCGUCACCAUGAUACUGGCGCCGGUCGGCCACCGUAUAUGGAUUGAUUUUGUUGACUACAACUUGGACGAAUCCCAAACGGUCAAGUUGUACCUAUCGAGAACUGCGGACAAUAUAACUCCAUUCAAAUAUCGGAACUCAAUUAACGACGGUGCGUUUUUAUCGGAAGGCGAGAGCGUCAACAUCGAAUACUCUACAAACCRCUUGCCCAGGGGAAGGGGUUUCAAAAUAAAGUACAAAAUGGUGGUGGACUUUGACGAAGAACGCGCGAUCGUGCUGCAGAAUGAUACGUCUGGAUUUAUGUACAGAUUAAAUUAUCCAUUGCCUAUGCAUUUUCCCAAAUUGCGGUACAAACAGAGGCUGUUGGCUUCGAUCGGACAAAAUAUCCAAUUGCAGUUCAACCGCGUGGUACCGGCACAAAUGGACACCACAUUAGGCCGUACCGUAUGCCCGGGUCAGCAAUCAACGGCUGUYAUCGAGGUCCAUGAUCAUUACGCUGCUGAGAACGGCACGUGGUGGUUGCUGUGUGAAAACGUCGAACAACCAAAAUCCGUUCCAAUAUCGAUCACUUCGUUUCUCAACUCAAUGUCCGUAGUCAUUGUAUACGGCCAGAAGCCAGCGACAGAUAUAGCAUCCGCAAACAUUUCAGUGAACGUAAAACCCGAUGCUGAAUCCAAAAAGAAACUUGUCGCCUUGGCAAAGAUGCCGGAAACAGCUAACAAUAGUAGAAUCGAGUCUUGCAAGCCCAACCCUUGUGUCAACGGUGGUACGUGCGUCAUCCGGAAAGCCACGCACACGUAUCACUGCAAGUGUCACGGCAACUAUACCGGGACGUUCUGUUCACUUACCUACUGUGAUCUGGGCUAUUGCGUUUUUGGCGAAUGCAUUUUGGCUGGCAGCAACGGCUUUGUGUGCAAAUGCCAGUAUGGGUAUACGGGACGAUUUUGCGAUGAAAAGAUCAAACCGUGCGAAUUAAACCCGUGCAAGGACCGAGGUGAUUGUGUGUCGUUAGGCGAUUCCGACUACCAGUGCAGAUGUUACGCAUAUUGGACGGGUGAUCAGUGCGAGAGGAAAAUGCUACACAUCACGUACAAACCGUUAACGGAACGAAUGCUUCAAGAACCAUUUUGGCUAGGUCUWCUCACCGUGUUUGUGGUCAUGGGCAUACUGGGAAUAAUAUGGUGUGCUAAACGGCACGUGCCCGAAAAAAUCGAGAAAAUAUUGUCCGAAGAAGCCGAACGCAGUAGACACUUUACAGUAAAUGCUUCUGGGCGGAUGUCGAGUGUACGGGGCGAACUGCUAGUGCCAACUGUGAAGACAAACGGAGCGACACCAUCAGAAGGUGGUAACUCACCGCCGCCGCAGCCGAAAACGUUCCUCAGACGAUUGGGUAUACGAAAACCUUCAUUAAUGAGCCUCACCAGUCCGUUACAGACGGGCCGGACGGCUCGUACGUUCAGCCUAGACGAUUUGCUCAGGCCACAAGUUCCGAGAUUCAAUCAAUAUCGUGCCAAGCAAAAAAGCGCAUCACCAUCAAAAUUUCGUACCACUAUAGCCGAUAAAUCGGAAAUACUUCAACAGCUCAUAUCACCUGGGCUUGAACGACAAGCCAGUUUCAACGACGAAAUCAAUCUAGUGGACAAGUUAUCGACCAAUAAUAUCGGACCUAACGAUAUUCUCCUACCGCAGUCGAACAUUUCUCAAGAAACGAGUUUUUCAAACGACUGUUCUAUAGACGAAGCUGUUCAAAAAAUUGAAAAAAAAGUUACGUUUGCCAGGCUGAUGAAUAAAUUUCAAUCGGAAAUGAGCUCUACGAGUUCAGAGGUAGAUGCCCACUCUAAACGAAAUUUAAGAAGACCAUGUAACCACCAAGGAAGUGAUUCUAUGUCAAGUCUAGAAUGUGCAUUAGAAAACCGAAAACCAAAUACAUUAUCACUAAACGAAUACCAGCAACAAUCGGGCCAAAAAGCCAUGAGUGCAGAUUCAAUUUUGGCCAUGUUUCGAAAUUUCAACACAGCAAUGGCGAUGACGGAAAUAAGUAAUUACUUAUCUGCAUCCACGACACCAAGUUGCUCCAGUCUGCAAGACGAAGUAGUGGGUAGCGAAGAUGAAUCGUUGAUGUCAAAUACUGCUCAUUCACCAGGUGGCGGCAAAGAAUCCCCCACUCGAUAUCGCUACUCAAACGUGAUUCAAUUACCAGUAGUGGACAUGUUAAGUUCGCAACGAAACAAUUCAAACAACCCAUUGAACAGUUUGCAACACCCUCCGUCCAUACUACUUGAAGUGCCCAAUUACCGUAUGGACUGUCUGUCACCGAUUCACGAGUUACCGACACCGGCACCAUCACCUUCUCCCACGCCCAUCAUAUCAAGGAAGUCGGCAUUUAGUUGUCUAAAAGACAUGGAAAACUACCACCACCAUCAGCAGCAGGAACCGCCUUCCCUCAAUGUGCCAACUGAACCACCAACGGGCCAAGCUGAACAACUGGCCAUACCAAUGCUGGUCAUUCAACAACCGACACCUAUCAAUUCACCAAGUAUGGAAUUCCCCGGGUCUCCGCCACCCCAUAAAGAGAAACCACUCAACCGGAAGAUGUUGAAAGACAUGGAGAAGCCGAUAUCGCUAGAUCUGCCUGCACCACCGCCAGUCAUUACCGUUACGUGUAUGAGCGAUUCAGAUACGGAGUCUGUGACCACAAAAAACGGUACGGACUCGUCAAAAAACGGAGGAGGCAUGUGUUACCUAAGUCCAUUUUCUAUGUGUUCCCGGGCCGACAGAAUAGCCUCGGAGUCGAACCUCAGCUCGUCUGGGUACAGUUCGGGACCAUCUCGGUGCAACUCGAACACCCGGCUGUGCCCAUUGGACUGCGGCGAAGAACCAAGGCGCAUAUCACCGCUAAUCCACACGCCCGAAAUCAGAGAAAUGGACUCAGAAACGACGUUCUCCGAAAACGACGACGAGGGCUUUGACACAGAAACAGCCGACUCAAAGUUGGGUCAUCGAACUAAACACCACUACCAGAACACAGAACUUGAAUCAGAAACGUUGAAGCCCGGUGUAACCACCACUGGUUUUAAGGCUUACACUUCUGGCUCGGAACCAGAAACGCUUGGUCGUCACCUACAGCAGCAGCCAGUGCCAUCAAUCACUGUUCAGCAGUAUCCGUCUACACUGCACCUGUCCACGGAUAUGCUGUACGAGAAGAGCCCGGUGAGUUCAAGGAGUGAAAGUCCGCUUAGUGACAAGACAGUGUUUAGGUUCUCGCCCAUGUUCUACGGCCGCAUAACCGACUCGGACAGUAUAUACGACUUUACGAGUUCGGAUUGCGCGAUGAAGAAGCGAACGGGCAAGAAGAAAGAGCGAAAGAGGAGGCACUUUGGCAGUGGUGGUGGGCUAUUUGGGGGACCCACAUGCACAACUCCAUCGGAUACGUCAGCGUGCAAUAACAGCGUUUUGCUGUUAGACGUACCCGGCAGGAACGACAGGAAAAAGUCUCGAUCCAAACCAAAUACUAGGAGACGAUCUCGAUCUCAGCAGACGAUAGUACCGAGCUCUUCGUCAUCUACCGACAGCCUAAACGACACCGCAAAGGUUAGUUACGGAAAUAGGCACAAACGUUCCAACGAUUCGGUGAUGAGAAAUCUUUCGUCGGAAAAUUGGUCAGACCGCGGCAAGAGCGGCGAAGACAAGAAAACCGUUAAGAGAAAAACAAAGAGUAAUCGCACUGAAAACCGGAGACUGAGAUUUCAAAACAAGACAGUCAGUGAUCAAGGGCAUUACGAAUCGACGCAUGACGAAGAGAACGCUUCAAACUUUGCGUCAUUACCAUCACUGCUGUCCAUUGAUAACCACKGUGCAAUUUCUGCAGUAGAGGCGGCCAUCACGAAGAAGAAAUGCCGAUUCGUACCAGCGAGAUAUCAAAAAAGAGUUAUCGCUUCCGAUUAAGUCUCCCAUAUAUAAUAUUUUUCGACAUAUGUUCUGAAAGUUUCGUACAGUGGCAGAGUGGCAUGUGUACAGCUUAGGAAUUCAAACUGCCGUUCAAUUGUAUUUCGCUUAUGUUAUAUAGACAUGUAUAUUAUUAUACAAGGUGAGUUUUGUUUAACGUUGAGAUACUCAUCGGUUUAAGUCAAUUGUUUUGAUUUUAGAGAAAAACAUGUUUUCCGUAGAUUUUGAAGUAAUUAUGUG